UUUCAUGUAAGCUCAGUCUUCAGAACAAAAUCAUGGCUACUUUAUGCCACUCUGCUCAUACCAGAACAUUCGGAAAGAUUGGCAGGAGAAAUGCAGCAAAGGUCCUCUGCUCAACGCAGAUGCCGCCAUCUCAGAGCACAAUCAAGGUUGUUAUCAUUGGGGCGACAAAAGAGAUUGGAAGAACGGCAAUAGCGGCAGUAAGUAAAGCAAGGGGAAUGGAGCUUGCAGGGGCCAUAGAUUCUCAGUGUAUAGGCCUAGAUGCAGGAGAGAUAAGUGGCAUGGAAGAAGCCCUGGAAAUUCCGGUGCUCAAUGAUCUCACAAUGGUUCUGGGCUCAAUUGCACAAGUAUUGGCCUCUUCAUUGUACUAUAAAAUGCUUAUAUCCACUUGUACAGUUGUACUGUUAUACACUUCACGGGUUUGCUAUUUGAAACUUAUGUUCUUUCAGACCAGAGCAACUGGAGUGGUGGUUGAUUUUAGUGAACCUUCAACUGUUUAUGAUAAUGUCAAACAGGCAGCGGCAUUUGGUUUAAACAGUGUGGUGUACGUUCCAAAAAUUGAGUUAGAUACAGUAACUGAGCUGUCAGCAUUCUGCGAGAAGGCAAGCAUGGGUUGCUUGGUCACACCAACAUUAUCAAUUGGCUCAGUGCUCCUACAGCAAGCUGCUAUCCAGGCCUCGUUCCACUACAACAACGUCGAGAUAGUGGAAUCAAGACCUAACCCAUCGGAUUUGCCAUCGCAAGAUGCAAUACAGAUUGCAAAUAAUAUAACAGAUCUUGGUCAGAUAUACAACAGGGAAGAUAUGGACUCCGAUAAUCCAGCAAGGGGUCAGAUACUUGGAGAAGAUGGGGUGCGUGUCCACAGUAUGGUUCUACCAGGCCUUGCUUCCAGUACAUCGAUCCAUUUCUCGGGCCCUGGAGAGAUUUACACCUUAAGACAUGAUGUGACAAAUGUUCAAUGCCUAAUGCCAGGAUUAAUUCUGGCAAUACGGAAGGUGAUACGCUUGAAGAACUUGAUUUAUGGUCUGGAGAAGUUCUUGUAGGAUUUUAUUAGAAUGCUGGUAGGAAUUUUCAUCCCACAUAUCAAGAGAAAUACAAGCUAUGGAUAUUCAUGGUAAGGAUAAUGCAAAACAGUAAGAAAGCCAGCAGGUAUUACAAGACUAUGGGACAAGAAAGAUGCGAAGAAUGGCUCCACCAAACAUGACUGAAUUUUUUUAUGCAGAUGUUACCCAAGAUACACAAUCUUGCUGCAAGUUCAAGGUGGAAACCAAACACAUGUCAGCAAUAUUCGGGAAAGCAACCAUGGUGAUAACCAUUGUCACCAAAAUUGAGCCAAUUAAUAAAUGAGUGGUUGAAUUGACUCAAGGCCUCAAGCAUAUGAGUUCCAUCACAGAACAUAAGGGAACUCUAGCUGUAAGGAACUAUGUUUGGUCCUGGGUGAUGCUGACGCAAAAUGUUUAUAACAAUGCAUGGUGCGUUGAUAGGGAACUGUUUUGAUCCCUUGAGAUGAAGUGAUGUCCCCUUGUUUGUAAAACCCAUCAAAAUAGUUAUGAGUAACCUUUAAACCAAUUUGCGCCAUUCAUACAGCA